AUGGAGGCACCAAUAACAUCACCACCUACAUUGAAGUAUAAUGCAACGCCAAAGAGGAAGCCGAUCCUUGGUAAGCGUUACAUCAUGAUCUACAACGUCUUCCAGGCUCUUGGUUCAAUUAUUUGCACUCUUCAGGUGUUUGCCUUCUUGGAGAUUCUCCACGUCGUUCUUGGCAUUGUCAAGAGCAGUCUGGCACCAACGUUGGCUCAAGUAUUGGGUCGUAAUCACGUGCUGCUUGUUGGUCUUCUCUACUGCCCAACUGUACAGUUCCAUUGGGGUGUACCUCUCAUGGUCUUCUUCUGGGGCAUUUCAGAGUUGAUCCGCUUCCCAUACUACAUUGCUCAGGCCUACAAUGAGUGUCCUCCAUUCUUGACUUGGUUAAGAUACAACGCAUUCAUUGUCCUUUACCCAAUCGGAUUUGCCGCAGAGAAUAUCCUGUGGUAUGAGAUGUUGCCAAUCAUGUUGGAGGAUAGGAUUCACUUCUUGGACAUGCCCAACUGGUUCAACUUCUCGUUCAACUACUACUACUUUGCAUUGAUCUGGAUCACUCUGACCUUCCUGCUCUUCCCCAAGCAAUACCUGUACAUGUUUAGUCUGCGCAAAAAGAAGCAACAACAAGCAUUGGCAGAGGCAGAGGAUAUGUCAAGGAGUGCAAAGAAGACCAAGUAA